CCCCAGCGAAUCCGAACCACUUUUGUUUUGGCUCUGAACGUUACACAAUUCGACGUAGAUCCAGGGAACAAAGGCGUGACAUGUUCAAGAGACCGGGUGACAAAAGGGCAGUAAGAGGCACGUGUAAUGGAAAAAUGGUCCUAGGGGAGGGCGCACGCACUGGGGAAGGAUGCUGCCAUAGUAGGGAACAAUAAGUGAAUACGUCCGAGGUGCCGCUAAGCCUUUGCAACUUACUAAAAUUUCCUUUCCCCUUCUUGGCUUAGAAACAAGGCCUUGUACGCAUGGAGAGCAAUCUGCGGUGGCGCUGGUCGUUUGACCGAGGCGCGCAAAAAAAGUGGUAUAAGAGACUCAUGGAUAUCUCGUAGACUGAACUCUAUCCUCACGCCUGCUCGACUUCCCUCUCGCCACAGAUUCUCUCUACAAACCCCGCAAAACCGACAAUAUGCGCUUUGCAUCUGUACCGUUUGUUGCCCUUGCGGCUGUUGGCGUAGUCAGCGCCCAGGGUGCUAUGGAUACCUGGAACCCAGCUGGAACCGGCGACUCCCGUGGACCCUGCCCCAUGCUCAACACCCUCGCCAACCACGAAUUCCUGCCCCACAACGGCCGCAACUUCACCCUCGACAUCCUCAAGCACGCCCUCAAGACCGCCCUAAACAUCAGCGACGACGUCACCGUUCUCCUGCACACCGCUGCCCUUACUACCAACCCCGGCGGCUCAACCUGGGGCUUGGAUACCCUGAGCAAGCACAACAUCCUCGAGCACGAUGGAAGUCUUUCUCGCCAAGACAACGCCAUCAACGGCGACUCAACCUCCUUCAACGCAACCAUCUACCAGCGCACCCGCUCCUUCUUCACCGCCCCCACCAUCUCCCUCCAAAUGGCCGCCAACGCCCGUCUCGCGCGUAUGCUCGACUCGCUCAAGAUUAACCCGCAGUUCUCCAUCACCCUGCCCGCCGUCGGCUUCAGCCACUUGGAGACUGCCAUCUACAUGAUUGUGUUUGGGGAUCGCAGCAAGAAGACGGCGCAGAGGGAUCAGGUCGACUUUUUCUUUGCAGAAAACGAGCGUCUUCCCACUGAACUCGGCUGGAAAACUCCCAGCACGGUCAUCUCUGGUGCGGAUGUAAAGGAGUACCAGAAUCUUGUUGUCGCGAAUACCAAGUAUCAGCCUGACAUCAUGGGUCCUUGA